AUGGCAUCUAACAAAGUCUCAUUCAUCUUUAUUCUUUUUCUAUGUGUUCUCUCAACAGCAGAGUUUGGAGAAGCACAAAACCCAAGGGGAAGAAAAUGCGAAGAUCCAAACGGUGUAGACCAAAAAGCGAAAUGCUAUAUUUACUGUAAUGAACAAGGUUUUCUCGGGGGUUCUUGUCAAGGCUACACCAAUCACUAUAUGUGUGAGUGUUAUGUAGGAUAA